AUGUCCGUGGUGCCGUUUUGGAUGUCAACAACUGUCUGGCUCGGUUCAACUAUCACCAACCUGCCAGUGAUCCGGGCGCACUUCAGCCUGCGGCAUGUAGAUUAUCAAAGAUACGGAUUUCAUCAACAGCACUGCGUGUCUUCUCGGUAUAAAACUUUCCUCCAGUAUAGUUUCGCCGCUAACGAGAACAGGUAUAAAGUCAACGCGAUUGAGUUGAGUGGAACUUCAAGGCCUCAGGCUCAAACACCUCCUGUUGCAACUUUUGCCGGUGUGUGGAUUCCUCACAUGGUCAACAUCGUAGGCUGA